AUGCCGGAUGGAACGCGUCGACCGGUCAUGCACGCCGCAUCGUCGUUCAGCAAAGCUGAGAAGAACUACCCGCAAGUCCAGCGAGAGGCCCUGGCCCUGACAUUCGCAGUUCGUAAGUUCCACCGAUACAUAUAUGGUCGCAAGUUCGAGCUCCAGACAGAUCACCAGCCGCUUUUUGCCAUCUUCGGAGCGAAGGGAGGUAUUCCCGUUUUCACCGCCAGCCGCCUGCAGAGAUAUGCACUCAUCCUGCUUGCCUACAAUUUCGAAAUACGCUACGUCAACACCAAGAGCUUCGCGUACGCUGACUUCAUCUCGCGGCUUAUUGAGAGACACGAGCGAACAGACAAAGACGUCGUCAUCGCUACAACAACCGGCAACGAAGGUACGGCGAGCGUAAGAACCCCCAUCGCCAGCAUCAGGCAAGAAGACGCCAGCGCCGAAUGUUUUGCCAUCGAAACAACAAAAACUCUUCCAAUCACAUUUGAGGCCAUGAAAGCCGAAACCAAUAAGGACGACGCGACGAGGCAACUGCUCUCAUACGUCGAAAACGGAUGGCCGCAGCAAGCGAAACAAGUUCAGGAUCCGACCGUCGCGAGGUUUUUCCCUAGACGGGACUCACUGAUUGCCAUCAAGGGCGUUUUCCUCGGCGAUCGUGUCGUUGUUCCAGCUCGCUACCGGCAAACGGUCCUCAAGGAGCUGCAUGCUGGACAUCCAGGAAUGGCCCGCACGAAACUGUUUGCUUGCAGCAAAGUGGCCGGGCAUUGA